GUUCGUGGUUGGCAAACAGGAAGUGCACGGUGUUUUGGAGUGUACGGUUAUUGAUGCAGUCGGUGGAAACAGUAAUUUUUAAUGACGGUCCAGAUGAUUUCUUGGAUGUCGUUGUAAAGGAAACACUGUUUAUUAUGUGCUAACCGAUUUUUGUUUACCGAUUAGCUAACGAGCAUUGAGGUGUGCAGGUGAUUCGGCCAUCCAGUGUGUUUGGCUGAUCUCACAAGAGUCAGCAUGGGAGCAGAGAGCAGUGGGUUGAAGGGCUGUGUGCUUGAAGAGCCAUCAGUGACUCUGCCUUCAGGCCUCACCAUGUACUCUGCUGUGCUGCAGGAUGGAAAACCAGCCUCUGUCUUUGUCUACAAGCAGGGCAGUGAAGACAAAGUGAACAAAGCUGCCAAGCACCUGAAAACUCUCAGACACCCGUGUUUGCUGCGCUUCCUGUCAUGCUCCGUGCAGAAUGGAGGCAUACACUUGGUGACGGAGAGGGUGCAGCCGCUGGAGCUGCUGCUGGAGAAUCUCACACCUGAGGAGAUCUGCGCUGGUAUCUAUGAUCUGCUGCAGGCCCUUGUAUUCCUCCAUGACCGGGGAAAAUCAAGCCACAACAAUGUGUGCAUGUCCUCUGUAUUCGUUAGUGAUGAUGGACACUGGAAGCUUGGUGGGAUGGAAACAGUUUGCAAAUUUUCUGAAGCAACACCAGAGUUUCUCACCAGUGUUCAGACAGUAAGAGAAAGCAGCACUGUCCCUCCUGAGGAGAAGCUGGGUGGAUUCAAGACGCUUCCUGAAAAACAUGCCCACGCGCGAGAUGCCUUCUCCUUCGGCGUGCUGGUGGAGUCCCUCAUCCCCUUGCUGAGCAGUUAUGUGUCGAAUGAGUUGUUGGAGAGUCUAAGGAGCACGCUGCAGGUCAGCCUGUUGACCUCUGACCCCACAGUGCGGCCAGCUCUCAGCAGUCUACUAACUCAUGAGUUUUUCAGGAAUGACUUUCUGGACAUCAUGAACUUUCUAAAGAGUUUGACUUUAAAAUCUGAGGAGGAAAAGCAUGAGUUUUUUAAAUUUCUACUGGACAGAGUUCACACUCUCCCUGAAGAACUAAUUGGUGCUCGUUUGGUUCCUAAACUGUUAAAUUCCCUGGUGUUUGCUGAACCCACCGCUGUGAAAAGCUUCUUGCCUCACCUGUUACAGCCCAAAAAGGAUUCAGCUGUAAGAGUUGGGGAGGAAUGCCUACUGUCUAUGCCACUCUACCGGAGACACGUAGUGCCACAGCUUCUGAAGCUCUUUAAAGUGAACGAGGAGCAUGUCCGGAUGGUGCUGCUCUCCCAUAUCCACCUCUAUGCUGAGUUCCUCUCACAUGAUGAACUCAAGAACCAGAUCCUACCUCAGGUAAUGCUGGGAAUGAGAGACACAAAUGAUGCUCUGGUUGCCAUGACGCUGCAAAGCCUAGCAGUCCUGGUGCCGAUACUGGGAGCACAGGUGGUGGUGGGUGGUGAGAGGACCAAAGUCUUCAAACUUACAACACCAAACUUCAAGUCCACAGAGGUUACACCCGAAAACUCACCAGUUCAUAUCGUUGGAGUGUCUUUGCCUCGUAGUGCACAGCCCUCCAAGGUUACAAAUCUGUUGCCUAAGCGUUUGGAAGGAGGAGAGCUUGUUCUGGACAAGCUGAACUCUCUCCAGUCAGUCAGAAGAGAGGUGGCUGCCCAGCUGCCUUCUACAUCAGAUCCUCCCUUGAAUGGCUUCAGCCAAGAGAAAGAGGGCGAGAAUGGCAGCAGAACAGAGAGGCCAGAUGAAGACUGGCCCGACUGGGAAGACGCGGGGGAGAAAUCUGGCAAAUACCAGUCUGUACAAAUUAGCAUAGAGCCUGCAGACAGUGACUCAGAAUUACCAACCACUGCUGCAUAUGAUGAUGAGGGACCUUGGGAUGAUUUAAAAAAUUCUGAGGUCAUCUCCAAGCACUCAACUGCUACACCUCACCCAGUCCUGUCAUCAAAAUCCUUAAGCGAUGGUGCCAUAGGACCUGUAUCUCUACCAAUUUCUGAACCUGCAAGAGAGUCUAAAGCACUCAAACUGAAUACUGCUUCAGUAACAUCUGCUUCUGAGCAGAAAUGUUUGUCUUCAGGUACAGCCUGGGAGCAGAACAUGAAAGAUACCAGGCUCAGUAAACCAGGUUUAGCUACAGAGGCCAAACCUAAAAAUGGAUACAGGAGUGCAGGAGGACUAGGAGAGGAGUUCACCAUUGAGGUGAAAAAGAAACCAGAUAGAGAUCCAGAGCUGGACCUCUUCGCUGACAUGGUACCGGACAUAAAGCUAUCUUCUCCUACCAUGUUCUUACCCAUGGGGAGUUCAGUCAGCAAGCCUGAAGGACUUCCAGCUGCAACACUAUCUCACACUGAGCCAGACACUAUACACUUAAACACACUGGAACUGACAUCCAAGUUUGCUGCAGUAGACAUGACGGAGACUGAUGCAGAGGGCUGGGGUGACAGUGAUAUCAACUGGGAAGACGAGAACACCUGGUCAUGAUCACUGGAGCUGUGAACAAAAGGCUGUGCACAAAAGUCAAUUUCUAAGACAGUCCAAAUGUAAAACUGAGUUGGAAACCACCAUGGCUAUUGUAGGCAGUUGAAAUGCCUCUUAACACUAUUGUAAAUGCAGAAGUGUAGCUUUAGUCCUACUAAUUUGGACAACAUUUCAUGUAUGGGUAUUCUGAAAAUAUAUUGCUCACUUCAAACUGUAUUAUUACAUUAGGGUAAUCUUUUGCAGCUCACUUAUCAUAAUUGUAUAAGAGAGCAUCAAGCCAAAAUGGAAGAUGCAAAAGCUGUCAACGGUAUUUUAUAGGAUGUAAGCUCUUGUCUGUGGUAUCUAUAGCUUACAAUAAUUCAGACCACCAACACAACUGGCAGGAUGUAACUUUGAAAAUAAAUACAGUCACUUUAGUAGUGAAGAGCUCUGAUUUGCCAAAUUGGUGGAUCAUGAGAUUUGCAAUCAGGUCUGGGAUGUUGAAGGUUGGUUUCUUUCUUGAAGCUGCCCCCAGGAAUGAAACUAUUCAUGAUAUGAAGUGUUAGUGUUUACUUGCCUCUCAUAGUCUUUCUGGAAACCUUGUGUAGCUCUUUGCCAAAUCCUGACACAAAUGUAGCUUUUAGCUAUGAAAGCAUUUUCACCAGAAGUACAUGUGCAGCAUUUGUCCUCAGUUUUAGGGAUUUCAUUUGUGCCAUGAGUGGUUCAACUUAGUUUAGCUUAUACUACAAGGAGCCUUACAGAGAAUAGUGAGUUUCAACAUAAAUGUGUGUAUAGUAUAUUAUUUAUAUACAAGUACACAAUUUAUUUUGUUUUAGGGGUGGGGUUUUGCUGAAGCAAAACAGAGAAUAAUUUAUUUGUAUUGUAUGCUGAUGAAAUGAAAUAAAAAUAAAGGUUUCAUGGUC